AUGUCUACAAGUGAAAUGCACACCUUUAUUUUAGUAUUUCCGAUGCUUGUUGAAGAUUUAAUUGAAGGUGGCAUUGACAUGGAGCAGGAAAUCUGGCAGUUAUUCUCCUUAUUGAGACAAAUCAUGGAUAUUUGUUUCGCGAAAUCUUUGAGUAGAGAUAUGAUUGAUAUAUUUGAUUGUCUCGUGAACCAACAUCAUAAUUUGUAUCUCAAAUUAUUUAAUGAUACUUUAAAGCCAAAAUUUCACAACAUGCAACACUACUCACAGAUUAUGCGAAUGUCUGGUCCUUUAUCUCAUCUCAGUCUUUUGCGAUAUGAGUCAAAGCAUAGAGAAUUAAAAAAUAUUACCUCAUCAACAACCUCACGAAAAAAUCCUUGUCACACUAUUGCUGUUAAAGAACAGCUCCGAUUGUGCUAUCGCCUUAUUGGCAAGCGUGGCUUAUCACCUGAAUUUGAAUUGGAAGAUGGUGAUAGUCUGGAUAGCGAAACGUUACGGAUACAGUUAACUGAAUCUGUGAAAUGUAUUCCUGAAAACUUUUCAGGAACUUGCUUAGAUGUUUCGUGGGUACAAAUUAAUGGAACAAAGUAUAAAGUUGGUUCAAUUCUAGUUAUUGAUGUCGAUCCGGAAGGCUUUAUAGAAUUUGGAAAAAUUUUAAAUAUUUUCGCCAAUGAAGAGGAGCGAGUUCUGUUUGCCUGCGAGAAAAUCAUAGUAAAAUCUUUCAUUGAAGAGUUACAUGCAUAUGAAGUAAUUAACUCUUUUGAAAAGACCUGUUGUUUGGCUGAGAAUUUGGUAUCUCCGUAUUUAGCGAUACAUCAUUGCUUAAACGACGGACGAGAUGUUUUGUCACUCAGACAUGCAUUGUAG